UUUGAAAAUGCCAAGAACUCUUCCUGUAAAGGCUGAUAGAUUCGUGGGGAAUUUAUUCAUCAUGCUGGUUUUCCUCGCUAUAUUUGUGGUAUAUUAUUCUGUGGUGGUCUGUGUGCUCAUGCCAAGAUUCAUGCACUCGAAUAUAAGCAAGAUCUUACUUGGAAUCUACCAUUUUGUGUGAGUCAUGCUUGGAUGGUGCCUUUGGCAGACAAUCAUGGGUGAUCCUGGCCAAGUUCCAACUUUUUGGGGCUUUCAUUUCGGAGAUCAUGAGUCCAAAAGGAAGAGGUACUGACUUAUGUGCAAUGUGUUCAAGCCGGAAAGAUGCCAUCAUUGCUCCACAUGUAACAGAUGAGUGCUUAAUAUGGACCAUCAUUGUCCAUGGGUUAAUAAUUGUAUAGGGUUUUGGAAUAGAAAGCAAUUUGUGUUGCUCUUGAUAUAUGUCUUACUAAGCUCAUACCUAUCAUUUCCGAUAUUAACCUACGAUCUUUACUACCGAUUGCCUAUGGAGUAUGAGAAAUUUAAUAGAGAGACUAGGAGCUAUACUGGGUUCUUAUCCCUAGCAAUAAUUCUUUUUGGAUGGGUAAUCACUGGAGCAGCUUCAUAUUUGAUGACUAAUUUCUUGAGAUUCCACAUAGAAUUAAUAUUCAGCAAUAAGACAACGAUUGAGUUCCUUGAAAAGAAGGGUGAGCAAUUCGAAUCUCCAUUUGCACUCUCGCCAAGAGAGAAUUGGGAGCAAGUGUUCGGCUGAAAUAAGUUAUUGUGGUUUUUCCCAGUCUCAUGGGCUUCUGGCCAUCCAAUAGGAGAUGGAGUGUAUUGGCGAAUGAACCCAAACAUUGCUGCGAAUAAUAACUCACAGCAAAAUGCUAGUCAAGCAUCUAAUCGUCAAAAUUCAGAAAAUCGGAGGCUAAUUGGCCAGAAUGAUAGCGAAAGGAAUGAUUCUAGCCGCUCUGAGAAUUCUGCCAAAAAUAAGAAUGAUAUUAAAGCAAACAAGGAGAAUAUUAACCAUCAGCCUCCAGAUUCAGGCAGAAGUGAAGUCAAGAAUCCUCCUGAGGACUCUGAUAAACAUAUGGAGACUGUGGUUAACCGAAAGGACGAGAAGAACACUCUUAUUGUACAUAGCCAAGACAAAAACAGGUUGCUGAAAAAUACAUUGAUUAAGAAGUAAAAUUUCAUUUUACUUUA